UAAAACACUUACGGCACAUAGAAGCCCCAUUAUCAUCUCCGUGCGUAUUAUUGCUUCGAUACAAAAAUAGACGAGGAAAUUACUAAAAUACAAAAUCGGAGGAAACUGAUGCUGGGCUAAGCACGUAUUUUAUAGGAGGGGGAGAGGAAGAGAGAGAGGAAGAUUCAGAGAGGUGGAGGCAGAGAGAGAGAGAGAGAGGGAGAGCGAGGGAGAGCGAGAGAGAGAUCCAUAGCAAUUAAUAAUAAAGAGUUGGCAGCGCUGCUUGGAAAACUGGCAUGGUUUUUGGAGGCUGGCAGUUCAAAGUUGAGACGUCAGAAAUGACUCCAAUAGAGUGUUGAGAUGAUCAUUAAGGGAGACUUAGAGCGGAUGGCAGAAGAGUUCGGGCAUCCAGGUGGCACUCUGAAGACAAUGUUGGAUGCCAUGGAAGUCCCGAGUCACGCUAGGCACCUCCUCCUCCAGUUGAACUCUCAGCGCACCAAAGGCUUCCUGUGUGAUGUCAUCAUCGUGGUGCAGAACGCCCUCUUCCGCGCUCACAAGAACAUCCUGGCGGCCAGCAGCCUGUACCUGAAGUCCCUGGUCGUCCACGACAACCUCAUUAACCUGGACCAUGAGAUGGUGAGUCCGGGCGUGUUCCGGGUCAUCCUGGACUACAUCUACACGGGCCGGCUGAACGAGGGCGACCAGGGCUCCGGACCAGAGCCCAACCUGGGGGCGGUCCUGGCCGCCGCCAGCUACCUGCAGCUGCUGGACCUGGUGGCGCUCUGCAGGAAGAGGCUGAAGAGGAACGGGAAGUACCACCACCUGCGGCCCACACACGGCUUUGCACCCUACACUAAGAUCGGGGUCGGAGGAGGGAGUCGCUACCGCGUGUCUGCCCCCGUCAUCCAGUCCUGUUUCCCCGGGGGGGUUUUGAGCAGACCCGCCCAAUCGGAGGAGAUGCCACCUCUGGUGACUCACGUCGGGGAGUUGUACGCACCCCCAUCCUCUCAGGGUCCCCAAAUCUACCCUGUACCCCCGCCGGGCCUUCCCCUUCUGCCCCAGUCCAGCUUGAGGCCGAGCGGCGCGGAGAGGGACUGCUCCCCGCUCUACGGCCUCGACCUGACCAAGAAGAGUCCCGACUCGCAGUCUCAGCAGACGCUCUCCCACCCUGCCUUGUCCCACACGCUCCUGCACCACGACGAGGGCCGCCACAGCCCGGCCCCUCCCGGGACCAACGGGGGGCCUCUGGCCCAAGGCAACGACUCGGCCUUCUCCGGGGAAGCCGAGGCGGAGGAGUACAAGGGCUCCCUCUCGUCCCACCCCCACCUGGUGCCCCGACACCCUCACCUCCACCGGUCGGACUCCCGAGGCCAGGACCCCUACCCCUGCCCGCCCAGUGCGGGCUCCGAAAUCGGGGGGGAGGGCGGAGGGGAGCAAGGAAGCGAGGCGGGGAAGGUGUACCGUUGGGUCAAGCCAGAGCCCAUGCCCUAUCCCCCCGAAGACGAGGAAGAAGAUGACGAGGAAGAGGAGGAAGACGAGGAGGGGGCCGGCGGAGACCGGGGGAAAGACACCAACCACCGGCACCACAACCACCAUAAAAAUGGAGAGGAGCACAAGCUGGGAGGUGCAGGGCGAGCGGGGGGGUACGGGAGCGUGGGGUGUGAGGGGGAGGAUGAGAAGAGUGGCUCGGCCAGCGAGGAGACGGGCAGCAGCGAGGGACGCCCCUCGCCCAUCUUCCACAUGCCCUACGAGCCCGAGAGCUUCGGCGACAACCUGUACGUGUGCAUCCCCUGCGACAAGGGCUUCCCCAGCUCCGAGCAGCUCAACGCCCACGUGGAGACCCACACCGAGGACGAGCUCUUCGGCCACCCGCCCGGCGAGCUUGGCAGCAGCAACGGCCACGGCGGCGGCAGCAACUCCGGCAACUCCAACCCGCCCGGCAACGCCCUUUCGGCUCCCCUGGGCCUGGGGGCGGGGGCGGGGCUGGGCGCGGGCGAGGUCAUCCGCCCGUACCGCUGCUCGUCCUGCGACAAGUCGUACAAGGACCCGGCGACCCUGCGGCAGCACGAGAAGAGCCACUGGCUGACGCGGCCCUAUCCCUGCAGCAUCUGCGGCAAGAAGUUCACCCAGCGCGGCACCAUGACCCGUCACAUGCGCAGUCACCUGGGCCUCAAGCCCUUCGCCUGCGACGCCUGCGGCAUGCGCUUCACGCGGCAGUACCGCCUGACCGAGCACAUGCGCAUCCACUCGGGCGAGAAGCCCUACGAGUGCCAGGUGUGCGGCGGCAAGUUCGCGCAGCAGCGCAACCUCAUCAGCCACAUGAAGAUGCACAGCGGCAGCGGCGUGGCCGACGGCAAGCUGAAGAUGGACUUCUCCGACGGGCUCUACCCGCUGGGCAAGUAUGCCGAGCACCUGGGGCUGAAGCCCGAGAAGGCCUCCGCCCUCCUGGCCCACGCCUCCCAGCACCUGCUGGCCGACACCAAGGCCAUGGAGAGCCUGUACCCGCUGUCCAAGCUGGCGGCCGAGCACCUGGGCUUCAUCCACGACAAGAUGGACGCCCUCAGGCAGCCCCUGGGGCCGCCUCCCUCCUCCCAGCUCUCCUCCGAGCCCAGAGCCAUCGACCGCUACUCCCCCAGCUAGAGGGGUUAAGGAAGCCCCGACCGGAGCCAGACUUUACCCACACACCCUCCCCAGCCCACCCCCCCCCCAUGACUGUGCCCUCUUGGUUGUUACCCUCCUGGGUGCCACUGUGAUCGGAAGCCAUAACACACAAACGCAGCCAAAGGCGAAACUUUGUGUGCCUUAAAAUUCGAAGCACUUAAAAAGUCGGCUUGCCCCCAACCCCACGUGUGCCUGAGCCGGGGAAGGGGCCGAACGCACGUUUGCUUUACUUCAAAGAAGCAGGAAAAAAAAUACACGAGCGGACAUUUACGGACCUCGUAAAGUGCCUUUUCAAUUCUGCAGUGUAUGCACUUAAAAAAAAAAAAUCAGAAAGGAAAAGGACAAACUUGUGUCCUGUAUUUUGCGUGGAAACACAAAACAAAGCAGUAUCAUAUUUUUAUAAAGUCUUUUCUACAAAGAACUGUUAAGCUGUCGAGCCAAAAAAGUGAAUAGCAAGCAUGUUUUCUGCCUUUUUUUCAUUUUUGUACUUUCAUGUUGAAAAGCCAAAAAACACGGUGGGAUAAAGACAUCGUGAAACGUUGCAGUCAUAUCCUUUACCUGUGAAUUUAAUAAUUGUAAAUUUAGGGCAAUAAAGAGAAAAACAAGCGAA